CACUAACUAAAUGUGUAUUCUCAUACUGUAUUAAACGCUUUCAUAACCUGUUUGUGAGCAUUGGUCAUUGGCAGAGUCAUUGGACCCCCAUUCCUGGGGGGCAAUUGCUAGUGCCAAACUUACUUCCCAUUUCCAAUAAUUAGACUGCAUCCUGUUUAGCCUAAUUGCUGAUUACAUUCCUUACAACAUUCCAACAUAAUUACAACAGUUUAUAAGACAGUAGACUGCAAGCUCAAGCUCAUGAUAGCAUUUACUAUCUAUGGUGAUAGUUUCUAAAGACUUUUCUCAUGUUUCUAAUGAUGGCCCAAGCUAACCAAGAACCCUCAGAGUCAUACAGUCCCAGAGCAAAUGAGGCGCAGUGUCCUGACAAUGAUACAGAGUUUGUCAGUGAAGUACCAUUACAGGCCUCAGUUCAGGCCACUGAUGACGGUGGGUCAUCAGCUGCUGUAUAUCCCUCUCUGAGACAACCCACCACAGAGUGCCCUCACCUCAACCCUCAUGCACUGGUUGUGCAGUCACUGGGAAUCAGUACCUCUAUGCAACUAGUAGACUCAUCUGUGCAAUUUGUAUCCCAGGUGGAUUGUUUUCCUUUUCCUGACACUGAUUUCCCAUUGUCUGUAGAGGAGAGUCAGGAAGGAAUCUCAGGAGCCAGUAGGAUCGUGGUGUCUACUGGGUUUACCUUCAACUAUGAGCAAGUGAAGUUUCAAGAGAGGCAUGUUUGGGUCUCAAAAGACCAAAUGCACCAUAUUACAACAGAUCAACCAAUGGAGGACCAACCAAUGGAGGUCCAACCAAUGGAGGACCAACCAAUGGAGGACCAACCAAUGGAGGACCAACCAUCUCCAUCCUCGCAUACCUGCACAGGAGAGCUCGAGUUAAAGGCUGUCACUUCCAACGGCACAGUGAUAUGGAAGAUUCCCGACAUUACCAGACAAAGGAGUGAGGCCAUUGAGGGGAAGACACAGUGUCUAUACAGUCCGUACUUCUAUACUGUAUGUGGCUGCAAGGUUUGUCUGCGGCUGUACCUCAAUGGAGAUGGCAUGGGGAAGGGAACUCACAUCUCCUUGUUCAUUGAUUGUGACAAAUUGCCAUUCAAAAGGAAGAUAUCACUCACUCUGAUUGAUCAGAAACAGAUAAAGCACCCCAUCUCUCAAGUGCUCAAGCCUCCUGCUCCUCAAAUGGACAACUCUCAGUCUGAAAUGAACAUUGCAUCUGGCUUUCCCAUGUUUGCUAAGCAAGCUGCUCUUGAUUCUAACUCGUACCUCCAUAAUGAUUGCAUGUAUCUGAAGUGUAGUGCAUCAUAGUUAGCUAGUUCCUUAAUUUUCAGUUCGUUUUGUACGUUUGUUCAUUAUAAUAAUUCUCAUCUUGUGUACAAUCAUGAUGUGUUUCUGGUCAUGUGA